AAUACAGACAAAGGGAGCUUGUUAGGCUUUUUUGUUCAGAAAGAGAAAAAGAGAGAGAGAGAGUAAAAGAGAUGGAGGGUGCUGGUACUGAAGCUGAGGGGCAGGGUGAAAUGAAUGGGGAUCAGGAGAUUCUAGGACCUUGUAUGAGCAGCUAUGUGGACCAAGAAAGCACAGAGAGUCACAGAUACUACCUAGCUCGCAGAACUGUGCUGGAAAUGAUCAAGGACCGAGGCUAUUCUGUACCCACUUCAGAGAUCGAGCUCUCUCUCCAAGACUUCAGAGCCAUUCAUGGCCAAACUCCCGACAUUGAGCGCCUCCGCCUCUCCGCCACUCAUCGCACAGACCCUCUCAAAAGAAUUUUGGUAAUUUUUUGUGGCCCAAGUAUGGUAAAAGUUAAUUCGAUCCGUCUCAUUACAAGUCAGAUUGCCAACAAGGAGACUUUAAGUGGGUUGAUAUUAAUAGUGCAAAACCAUAUAACAAACCAAGCUUUAAAAGCUGUGGAUAUUCUUCCAUUUAAAGUUGAAAUAUUCCAGAUCACUGACAUGCUGGUUAACAUUACAAAGCAUGUGUUAAAGCCAAAGCAUCGCGUUCUGACUGACCAAGAGAAACAAAGGCUCUUAAAAAAGUACAACAUAGAUGAAAAGCAGCUUCCUCGAAUGUUGCAAAAAGAUGCAAUUGCAAGAUACUUUGCCCUUGAGAAAGGGCAGGUGGUGAAGGUUACCUAUGGUGGUGAAAUCACCCAGUCGCAUGUUACUUACCGAUGUGUCUGGUGAUGCUGAUGCCUUCAUUAUGCAGUUUUCUUAUGUAUCUUCCUAUUUAAGUUCUCUUGUAUCAUCUGAUGUAUGCAUUAUGAACGCUUCAGGUCACACUACCUAUGAUGCUUGGUAGUGAUGUGUGCUUUAUGAAACAGUUUGGGUUACUAUGAUCCUUUGUAGUUUAUUAACAGUCUUAUUUUCAUGUCAAUUUGGAUCUCUUAA